AUGGCAGAUUUGCAAGUGGCACAGCCCCUGACCUUGAAAUGUGGCCUUACACUGCCGAAUCGCCUGGCGAAGGCGGCCAUGGCAGAGGGUCUUGCCGAUAAGAGAGGCCUUCCUGGUCAAAAGAUGCGCGCUGUGUACUCGGCAUGGGCCAAGGGCGGCUGGGGCAUGGUCCUUACAGGAAAUGUGCAGGUGAACCAGAAGUACCUUGGUGGUCCGGGCGAUCCCGCGCUGAAUAAAACCAUGGAGUACGCAGAGCUGCUGGAAGUAUGGAAGGCAUGGGCCAGCGACUGCAACGCCCAUGGCACGCCGACUAUUGUUCAGAUCAACCAUCCGGGGCGACAGUCACCCUUAGGUGCCGGGACCCGUGGUUUCUUCGAGAAGAACCUUGCGCCGAGUGCCAUCCCCCUCGAUUUCGGCAAGGGUCUAAUACCUCGUCUCAUUAACUCAAUCGCCUUUGGCACCCCUAGAGCGAUGACCAAGGCCGAGAUUGAAGAGGUCGUGCAGAACUUUGCCGAGACGGCACGCCUGUCAGCCGAAGCAGGUUUUGCCGGUGUCGAGAUUCAUGCUGCCCACGGAUAUCUUCUGGCCCAGUUCCUGUCGGAGAAGUCCAAUCAACGGACCGAUGAGUAUGGCGGCUCGCCGGCAGCACGCGCCAAGAUCAUACUUGAUAUCAUCCCGGCUAUCCGCGCUGUGGUCCCCAAGAACUUUUGUGUCGGCAUCAAACUCAACUCGGUAGAUCACCAGUCGCCGCAGGAGUUCAGCGCCUGCAGAGAACAGAUCCAACUCAUCGCUGCCGCCGGCGUAGACUUCAUUGAGGUCAGCGGAGGAUCAUAUGAGGACCCGCUAAUGAGCUCCGGCCUGCAGCAAGAUGAGAAGCCGAAGUCUUCGCGCACAUUGGCCCGCGAAGCAUUCUUCAUCGAGUUCGCAGCGACAAUCCGCAAGGACCUCCCAGAUGUUCCGUUGAUGGUCACGGGAGGUUUCCGCACCCGAAAAGGCGCGGAGGCUGCUCUUCAAGACGAAGGUUGCGACCUUAUCGGAGUGGGACGGCCGGCUUGCGUGGAGCCCGCCCUGCCGAAUAAGCUGAUACUGAACCCUAAGAUUGCGGACGACGAUGCUGUUUUCCAGGUGAAGAAGAUCCAGCCACCGUGGCUUCUGACCAAGAUUGGCUUCAAGGCGAUUGGAGCUGCUGCUGAUAGUGCAUUCUACGCAAAGAAGCUCCAGAGCAUUGCCCAGAGCUAA